CUUUGGAGUGAUUUCAGAGAAUGUGGUUCCGGGACGCUGUCAGAUCGUGCUCUUGAAUUUUGUGUUGUUACCCGGUGAAAAGAUGCCCUCGUUCCCCUACUUCUCUGUUCUGACCACAUUUGGUGUUUUCUGUGCCCUCUUUGCCAUAAUCCUCCAGGGCUUCUUUGCCUCUCAGGAUCUCAAGAGAAUCACCGAAAUUCUCACCAAUCUCCUCAUCCUCGAGAAUCUCGAUGUUGUAUCCCAGCGCGUGGCUGUUGGAUAUGGGUCCUGCAAGGAUCUCUAUGUCCCAGGUACGCAAUUCCUCAAUUACACCAUCGGUCAGUGCCGGGAAGAGUGCAUGGGAGGAGAAAUCUUCAGCCGGCGAGAUUUAUUCGAGAACUUUGGGUAUUUCUUUCAGCGCGGAGCCGCAGCUGAACGCUACACAUCCAACAAAUCGCUCUUCGAUGAGCUCAUUAGAGGGGCCAGUGAGAACAACUUGGACACAAAAUGGUCCCUGGGAGGGAAUGCACCAGUAAUGGCCAAGAGAUUUCACCUGGAAGGUGCUCAGGUUCUUUUAGCUGCCCAAAUGUCGAGUGAUCUUAGGAAAUCAAUUCCCAAGGAGAUUCUCCUAUCUCUCUCGUCAUCUAUCGAACAAGAUGAUAUUCAUCUGAUCCUGGAAUACAGAUCAGGCGAGAAAUGGGGCCCUCUUCGGGCGCCCCGUGCCAAUCGUUUCAUCCUCCACAAUGACCAGAACAACCCAACGCUGAGUGUUCUGGAGUCUCUGGAUCCCCUCCUGGAUGACUUCAAGCCGCGUUUAUUCGUUGUCAGUGGGCUCCAAAUGAUGGAUAACUAUCCCUUUGCAAAUGGUGUAAGAGCAAAGCGCUUAGCCAAAGUCAGGAAGCAAGUAGCAUCCCUGCCCAAUGAGACUCUUGUGCACUUCGAGAUGGCCAGUUACGUGGAAAUUGAGCUGAUCGAUCAGCUCCUAAAAUACGUAAUUCCUUAUUGCGACUCUGUGGGGAUGAAUGAGCAAGAACUGGAGAAUCUCCAGCGAUUCCUGUCCACGAGAACAGUGAGUCUUGCCGCAGAUUCUAAUCCCCGAGUAGCCAAAACUCUUCGGCAAAUGAGAGAAGUUUUCAGCGCAAUUAGAACGCUUCCCGUUAAUGAUCCCCAUAGGCGAGAACUGACCAGGAUUCAUGUGCAUACCCUGGCUUAUCAGGCCAUCCUCAUAGCCAAUGCUUCAGAGUGGAAGAACCCUAUCAACGCAGUGGCAAAAGCUGCCCUAACUGCCCAUCGACAUGUCUGUGGAACAAGCCACAUCAAUCCUGACUUGGCAUCGCUAAUCCUGGAUGAUAGUUUUGCCACAACAAUGACCCCUAAUGAACCAGGAAGUCGCAGAAUAAAGAUACACUCAACAGAACCAGUUUCCUGCUGGAAAGAGGAAAUCUCUGGGACUGAGGUCAAGAUCUGCGUGGCUCCUGUGCUCGUUUGCAAGAGCGCCAGGCAAACAGCCGGUGCCGGAGAUAAUAUCUCAGCUGCUGGACUGAUCCUACAAAUCUAGGUAUACUAAAGCAUUUGAGAACGAAGACUUUAUCACAGGACUGUAGAGAGGGUGCUUUGAUGCUUAAUACUAAGAUUCUUAAGUUUCUACUCAAUAUACAACGUUUUUAGUGCCUCAUUCUAGCUUUUGGAAUUUAUUAUAUUCAUUCCUGUUACGCAUUUAUUAAUUUUCCUUUUUGAAGGAUUGAAUUAUUAAUAUUAGAAAAAAAAAUGUGAUUUUAUUUGAAUUUGUAAAAGACGAUUAAAUUAGUAAUAAACUGAUUAUAAUUAAAAAUUGA